AUGCCUAUCUAUAUUGUGCCAAAAAGAUGCCAUACUGAUGGUGUUUCUUCACAAAAAUAUUUCCCAGAGAGUGCCAUUGUGAAAAGCAACAGGUUUGGGCCACCAGUUACGCCACAAACAACAGAAAAAGAGAGAGGUGCUCCACCACCACAGUCCCUGAGUGAAACUGAAGGAAUAAAUAGAACAUAUGUGAUUUCUGCCUGCAAUAAGUUGGGUGAUUCUUCAGUGGCAUCGACAAGUGAAGGCAAGAAGCUGAGUCUCCAAAGAAGGACAGUGACAAGCAAAGGACGCUUGGAUCAGAAUACCACACAGGACAGUGACACUACACAAACCCAAAGGCAACCAACACUACUACGGCGUCUGAGGACUGGAUCAAAUGAGCAAUGUAAAAUAAGCAACACACAGGCAGGUAGAACAGAAAAUGAAGGUUCUUUUGCACAGAAGGGCAAUGAAACUUUAUUUCCACCAACAUGUAACAGUAAAGAUGCUCCACUUGUUAAAAAUGGCCUUCAGUUUCUCAAAGGUUGCACAGAAAUAAAGAGAAGUUUGGAACAGAAAAACAGUCUCCUUGUUAAUCGCAGUGGUUCCCAUGGUACUGGUAACAACGCUCCUUUGAAACGAAGGGCAGUUGGUACUAAUUCACAAAACGAGGUUCUUAGUUCAGUGCUCUCAACAGCUGUGAAACUUGAAAACAGGACGUUAAAAGCGGCUGAAAAAGUUAAUUCCAGUAAGCAAAAUGAGACUGGCAGUGAGCAAAACAGGUCUCUGAAAAAUGGAAGUUUGGAAAGACAGAAGACACCGAGGAAAGCUAUAGCAGAAGGCAUUAAAUGUACAGCAAAAUGUGGAUCUCUUCAGGAUGCCAGAAGUCCGGCUAUCUCCACCACGAGGAGCAAGACAGCGUGUCUUCAAAUAGUCUCGCAGAAGAAAUCCAGUAUUUCUAAUCCUCUCACUUUAAGUAGUAGAAAUGGAAGGGGACAAGAAAACAGCAUGGACGUUCAAACUGCUUUGCUAAAAGAAGACGUUCCAAUUCAGGACACAUGUGCCAGAGAUGACCCUUUCAAAAUUCAAAACAGUAAAGUGAUUGUGGCAGUAAGAGUGCGUCCAUUCAGCAUCAGAGACAUAAAUGAAGAAAAGUUGCAAGUGGUAUCCAUGGCUGGACAAGAGACUGUCGUUCACCAUCCAGACACAAAACAAGUGUACAGUUUUAUUUUUGACUUUUCGUUCUGGUCUUUUGAUAAGCAUGAUCGUAAUUUUGGGAGCCAGGAGAUGGUCUAUCGGUCAGUGGCUGUACCUCUCCUGGAAACAGCCUUUGAAGGAUACAACACCUGCCUCUUUGCAUAUGGACAGACUGGUUCUGGAAAGUCCUAUACCAUGAUGGGGUUUGAUGAUAAUGAGCGAGGAAUAAUACCAAGAUUUUGUGAAGAUCUCUUUACUCGGAUAGCAGACAUGGAAUCGCAGCAGGUAUUUCUUCAGUAUACUUACCACCUUGAAAUGAGCUAUUUUGAAGUCUACAAUGAAAAAAUUCAUGAUUUACUUGUCUUCAGAACUGAAAGUGGACAGAGGAAACAGCCUCUUCGUGUAAGAGAACAUCCAAUCUUUGGUCCCUAUGUGGAAGAUCUGACAGUGAAUGUGGUCACUUCUUAUUCAGACAUUCAGAGUUGGCUCCAGCUAGGAAAUAAACAGAGAGCUACUGCUGCCACGGGCAUGAAUGACAAGAGUUCUCGGUCGCAUUCCGUUUUUACCCUUGCGAUGACGCAAACGAAGACCAAUAUUGUGGGGAAGGAGGAAUGUGAACAUCGAAUUAUCAGUCGUGUGAAUCUAAUAGAUCUGGCAGGCAGUGAACGCUGCGCAGCAUCUCAAACCAGUGGAGACAGACUGAAGGAAGGUGUGAGUAUUAACAAAUCCCUGUUAACUUUGGGGAAAGUUAUUUCUGCACUGUCUGAGCAAUGUCAGAGCCGGAAGAAAGUGUUCGUUCCCUACCGUGAAUCUGUACUUACAUGGUUGCUAAAAGAGAGCCUUGGUGGAAAUUCUAAAACAGCUAUGAUUGCCACCGUGAGCCCCGCUGCCAGCAACGUGGAGGAAACGCUGAGCACCCUUCGAUAUGCCAAGCAAGCUUGUUUCAUAAUCAACACUGCCAGAGUAAACGAGGACAGGAAUUUGAAUGCCAAGUUAAUCCAAGAAUUGAAAACUGAAAUUGAGAAGCUGAAAUUGGCUCAGAAGAACGUGCAGAAUAUCGACCCUGAGAAACACAGACUUUACGUGCAAGAAAUAACCUCUCUGAGGAUGAAGCUACACCAGCAAGAGAGGGAGAUGGCUGAGAUGCAAAGGGCCUGGAAAGAAAAACUUGAACAAGCGGAAAAAAAGAAAUUUGAAGAAACAAUGGAGUUACAGAAAGCAGGCAUUACCUUCAAGGUGGACAACAGUCUGCCUAACUUGGUCAAUCUGAAUGAAGACCCCCAGCUCUCGGAGAUGUUGUUAUACAUGAUAAAGGAAGGGCAAACUACAGUUGGGAAAUGCAAGCCAAACUCAGAUCAUGACAUCCAGCUUUCAGGAGUCUUGAUAGCCGAUAACCACUGUGUUAUCAAACAUGUGGAAGGUGCCGUGAGCAUUACCCCACUGGGAGAAGCAAAGACGUAUGUUAAUGGAAAAUGCAUUUCAGGUCCUACAUUCCUGCAUCACGGUGACCGCAUCAUUCUUGGGGGGAACCACUAUUUUCGUUUUAAUCAUCCGCAAGAAGUUCAGAAAGUCAAAUGCAUUUCUCAUGGUGCUUCCCUGCAUGAGGAGGGUCCAAAGGGCUUUGAAUUUGCAAAAAAUGAACUGCUGGCUGCACAAAGGGCUGAGCUGGAAUCAGAAAUAGAAGAGGCACGGCUGAGAGCAAAAGAAGAAAUGAUGCAAGGAAUCCAAUUUGCAAAAGAAAUGGCUCAACAAGAACUUACUUCUCAGCAAAGAAAUUAUGAAAGCCAGAUAAAAUCACUGGAGGUACAGCUGGAAAAAGAAUCACACAGGAAACAACUGCAGGAAAUGAAUAAUCAGAUGGCUGCAAGCAAAAUCCAAGAGUUGGAAAAAGCGAAACGAGGCCUUGAACUGGAGGUACACUUCAACAAGAAGCGCUUGGAAAUGGAGACACUGGCUGCCAGAGAGGCACUAGAAGAUCAUACGAUUCGUCAUGCCAAAAUUCUUGAAGCUCUGGAGGCUGAGAAGCAGAAAAUUGCUCAGGAAGUACAAACUCUUCAGCAGAGUCGUGGAAACAGAAAUAAAGAGCCGAACUGGAGUUCUUUGAAACUAUCCAUGAUGAUCAAGGAGGCCAACACUAUUAGUAGUAAAUUAGAUAAGCACACUGUUUUUUGUAGGCAUGAUGAAAUGAAUGAAGGCCGUGGCAAGGGUUCUCCUCUUCAAGUGCAGGUCCGUAACAUCAGGCUGGGAGUUGCAACUUUCUGGAGUCUGGAGAAGUUUGAGUACAAGUUGGCUGCAAUGAAAGAACUCUAUGAGACCAAUAAUAGUAACAAAGCUGACGAGAUUUUUUAUGAUCCCACGGAUGAAUGGGAACCUGAUCUUUUGAAUGCGUCCAUGACUUCUUUUUCUAGAAGGAGAAGUAGAAGUUUGAGGAAGAGCAAACGAAUUUCUGGAUGUUUGUCCGAGGUAAAGCUGAGUCUACACAAUCCAUAUUUACCAGGCACAAGAAAUACAUUGGGCAGACCGAGUUUGGAUCCACCGGAAUCAUUUGUACCUGGUAUCUGUAAGGAGCUGAUAAGUUUGGCGCUGGAUGUUUUGGAACAGACUCAUGAAGAAGAGGAGAGCGUGGCACAAAGUCUCUUAGCAGCCUUGUUCACCGUUUAUGCUGAAGUCAGUGCCAUGACACAUGCAUAUGAAGAAGCUGAAGAAAGUCAAGAGAACUUUUUCACUGUGGACCAGGCUGCUCAGUCCUGCAGCAUCAGAAUCGCUUCUUCCUUUGAACAGCUUGUGGUUCUAAGCAAGCAGUGGCUGAGCGGUUCCCGAAAAAGCGAGGAAUUUAUGCACACUUAUGACAGACUAAGGGACGGCCUAAAACAGUUGGGAGGAUACUUGCAAUUGCUAUUGCAGGGCGGCUGUUCAGAUUUGUCUUCAAUAGUCACAGAGGCACAGAAGAAAAUAAGGCGCACGCUGAAAGAAAUGGUAAAAUGCAUAGGACGCCUGGUGGUACUUACAGGGUUGGACCUACAUUUUCCAGCAGGACAUAACGGUGAUGCGAGCAAUCUAAAGGAAGAACUGAUACCUGACCUCUAUGAUGGUCUAGGCGCAGGACUGGAACAUCUUUUAGACUGCAUACAGAAGUCAUCAAGGGAUAUGCAGGAUGAACUCUUAAAAUGGCAUCCACAAAAUGAGGUUCAGAAUCAGCUAAAGAAUAAAACUAUAGUUUUGGCUGACCUCCUUGAAAAGAUCAUAUCUGAUUGUAAAAAGAAAGAAAUAGCUUUAUUAAGGAGAGAAGAACCUGUCGAUCGGGAGGUGAAUAAAGCAACCAGUAAAGCUGCCAAAUUGUUGGAGUUUCAUCACUGUCUAGAUCAAGUCUACCAGAUGGUCACUUCUUCAUUACAAGGAUCAUACAGAAACAAAAAUCCACUGAGAUAUUUUAUUGAAAAGAUUUGCAUCUUAGCUGGGAAUUUUAAUGCUCUCUGCCAUUCAUCUACUUCGCCUGUUGCUUCAGCGGGUGCCCCUGUCCCCAAAAAGCUGGAUUCUCUUUUGAACAACAGUGAACUGGAAUCUGUAGCUAAGUCACUCAUUAUAAGUUUUGAACUUGAGCAUGGGUGGGACUUGCCGAAACUUCAAGAUGACUCUCUGAGAAAUACUGAAGAGACACAACUUGGAAAAGGUGAAGCGACUAUGACAGAACGGGAGCAUAAAGGAAUUCCAAAACGAGAAUAUAAACUUUGGUCUGUACCUGAGAGCUCAGGGGAAGCGUCACCUUGUAGAAUUCACUGGGUAUGA